AUGCCUGCAGUGCGUGUGGUGCAUUUUUUUUCCCCUUGUAGAGACAUAUUACGAUUGGGAGAGGUCAAAAAUUACCUCAGUUGCAGCAAUGCAAAACCUGUUGCAGCAACAACAACAGUUGCAGUUGCAACAGUGACAAUCCCAGCAGUCAGAGACACAUCACCAACCACCAGUGCCAACGCCAGCGGUCAGAGAAACACAAUCAAUCACCAGUGCAACAGUGCCCACGCCAGCGGUCAGAGACACAUCACCAACUACCAGUGCCCACGCCAGUGGUCAGAGACACACAAUCAAUCACCAGUGCAACAGUGCCCACGCCAGCAGUCAGAGACACAUCACCAACUACCAGUGCCCACGCCAGCGGUCAGAGACACAUCACCAACUACCAGUGCCCACGCCAGUGGUCAGAGACACACAAUCAAUCACCAGUGCAACAGUGCCCACGCCAGCAGUCAGAGACACAUCACCAACCACCAGUGCCAACGCCAGCGGUCAGAGACACACAAUCAAUCACCAGUGCAACAGUGCCCACGCCAGCAGUCAGAGACACAUCACCAACCACCAGUGCCCACGCCAGCGGUCAGAAACACACAAUCAUUCACCAGUGCAACAGUGCCCACGCCAGCAGUCAGCCAACCAAAACAUUUAAGUUUCAGGACAGAAGCCUUUGUUCAGGAGUCACUUCCAAGAGGAGAACAAGGCACUCCCAGCAGCAAUGAGGAGCUACCAAUAAUUAAGACCCCAAAACAGUUUUGAAAUGGCUGUAUGGGAAUAAACAGCAGUUCAGGGACAAAGCUGAACAGCCUUGUUUCCUACAAUUGGAAGAAGAGAACAAGGAAAGGGCCAUCCUCAAUCAUUUUGAAGAACCAGAACUUUCCAGAGAGUCCUUCACAUUUCAUUUUCAUUUCAAUGAUGACAUGGAGAUUUGUUUCCUGGAAUUACAUGAUAAGAUGGGCCUAAGAGUAAAUUGUUAUUUUGAUGAGUUUUAAGUUGUCUAUUUGUUGUAUAAAGUUUGAGUGUUUCUGUUAAAAUGUUACUGUUGUUUACAAGUUGUUUAAAUGAUUAUUUUAGAUCUAUGUUAUCAAUAUUAAAAAAAAAAUAUUCGUUUUCUAAUUGUUCAGUGUACAUUUUUUCUAGGCUUUGAAGCUGAAUGUUUAUUUUUUAUUUUAUAUAUUAUUAAAUAUAAAUGACAUUAAAUACCCAUGCUUUGUUCCUUUUUUAUGUACUAUUAGUAACAUCAUGAAUAUGAAGGAAAUCAUAUUAUCUCAUAUAAAAUAGUCAAGUGGGUAACACUUUAAAAUAAGGUUCCAUCUGUUAACAUGUUAACAUGAAUAACAAUAAUAGUUGCUUUUACACAUACAGCCUUUUCCAGAAAAUGACCUACAAUUUCUAGUUUAGAGGUUAUGUGUGUUCACCACCCUUCAGAAGAUACUGGUAAAUUUUGCUCUGGCAAUUUUCCUUAAUGCAAAGUUGUAUCAUUACCUAUAAAUUUCCUUUUUGGUACAUUUUGUACAUUUACAAUUAAAGGCAACACAACAAUUUUCCUGUAAUUUACCUGGUUGCAUGUGUGAAUGGGGCUAAUGAACAAUAAAUGUUCAGCAUUUGUAAAUCUUGGUUAAUGUUAAUUUUAACAUUUGUUAACAUUAGUUCAUGCACUAUGAACUAACAAAGAACAAUUGUGUUUAUCCAUUAACAUUACCAAGACUAAUAAAUAAUAAUUAAAAAUAUUUUUCACUGUUCAUUCAUGAUACCUACUGCAUUAACAAAUGUUAAAAAAGGGAACCUUAUUGAAAAGUGUUACCAUUAAAUGUUUAACAUAGUCAUCAAAUGGAAAUCGAUGUGAAAACAACACAUUUUAAAUCUAAUAAACCAAACAAUUUUAAGAAAUUAUGCUUCAAAACUGUAGGCAGCGCAAGCAUCGCUGUGGCUCCAUUAGCUUCGCCCUAACCUCUGGCCUGAGACAGCUGACCUGGUGCUGCUGUCCUGAAACUGCUGUGACGUAUGGCUCUGCG